GGACCUCGAUCUAUCAACUAAUAAAACAUUAUGUACCAUUACGUAAUGGCGCAAAGGACCUCGAUCUCCUCCCAUUAGGCCAAUUUGGUAUCAGGUAACCGGGUUUCGACCAUGUCUCCGCCAAUUCCACCGCCACCACCACCGCUGCCCGCCAACUCCUCCACCACCGCCGCCUCUGCGCCGGGCGUCACGGCACCCGGCACCACGCCGGGCCAAGGGCAGCCACAGGCCCCCGUCCAACACUCGUCGCCGCCAUCACCUCCCCCGCAGCCGCAAUAGUUCACGCCGGAGGCCACGGCGGGCGUCCUCAACGACCUCGUCACCGCGGUUCAAGGAAUCCGCCUCUACCUAGCAGGUCCGUACGGGCCGCCCCCACCACUCCAUCCAGCCAUGGCCGCGGGUCAGCAGGCGCUUCCGUGGUACUCGGCAUCGGGGGCCAUCACCGGACUUCAUCCAGCCAUGGCUGCGGGUCAGCAGGCGCUUCCGUGGUACUCGGCAUCGGGGGCCGUCACCGGAGGCUACCCGGCGCUCCCCGCCCCAGCGGCCGCACAGCCGCCUUGGGCGCAGUGGCCGCCGCAGAUCGCGCCGGCAGCCCCGCCACUUCUCGCCACCACGGGGCCGCAGUGGCCCACAUGGACCGCGCCGGCCGCGCCGUCCUCCGUCGCGCCCUACCUUCCAGCGGCCUCAGAGCAGGGUCCUCCACCGGCCCUGCCCAGCCCUAACCUGGGCACCGGCGCCUCGGAGCAGGGCCAGACCCAGCAGCUUCUUCCGGCGUCACCGCCGGCCCCCACGCCGCAGGUGCCGGUGCAGCUCCACCAGGCGCCGCCGCCAUCGACAGUACCACCACCCGCGCCUAGGGCUAUGGGUCGGCCCCUGCACCAGGUGCAGUUUCCACCGUCACCAUCGCCGAUCCCUGCUUGGGCGACCGGCUCGUCUUCGGGGCCGGUCUACUCCACGGCGCCGGAACACCCGACGCCCUCCCUGCGGUUUGAUCACCCCUCCAGCUCGGCGAACUACGCCCCGGCGCUUCCCGACCCAGCAUACGCGCCGACGGCAACUACGGCCGCCCCCGGGCACGGCGGGCCGACACCCCCUCGCUUCGCCAAACUGGACUUCGCCACCUACGAGGGCACGGAGGACCCCCUCAACUGGCUCAACCAGUGCGAGCAGUUCUUUCGAGGGCAGCGGACGCUCGCUUCGGAUCGCACCUGGCUCGCGUCCUAUCAUCUUCGAGGCGCAGCGCAGACCUGGUACUACGCCCUCGAGCAGGACGAGGGCGGCAUGCCACCAUGAGAGCGCUUCCAGGAACUCUAUCUCCUCCAGUUCGGGCCUCCUAUGCGCGGGAGCCGACUGGCGGCCCUCCGCCGCUUACCCUUCACAUCCACGGUGCAGGACUACGCCGACCGCUUCCAGGCCCUGGCGUGCCACGCGCCGGGCGUCUCCGCAACUCAGCGCGCCGAGUUAUUUGUGGGCGGUCUACCGGACCAUAUCCGCGUCGACGUGGAGCUUCGGGGACCCCAGGAUCUCCAGUCGGCCAUGCAUUACGCCCGCGCAUUCGAGCGCCACGCGGUGGCCAUCCAGCAGGAAUCACCGUCCCAGACUGUUGGGUCGCUACCCGGACCGGAUUCCGCGCAGGGUCGGCCUGUGCAGGCUUCUGUGGCACCCCUCGCCGCGACCGCGGGGCGCCCGUUCUACCGGCUCACCCCAGUUGAGAUACUCGAGCGUCGCCGCCAAGGGUUGUGCUUCAACUGCGACAAACCCUACAAGCCCGGCCACGCCUGCCCGCGACUCUUCUACCUGGAGGUGGCAAACUACAUUCCGGAGGACGCCGUCGCCGCCGACCUGGCCGCCCCAGAUGUCGAGAAGGUGUUUGACGCUGGUUGAUUACCUCGAAGAGUUCAAGCAAGCGCUUCCCCACCUUAUAGCUCGAGGACGAGCUAUUUGUGCAGGCGGGGAGAAGUGUUAUGGCCGGCCGGCUUAGGCCCGCAAGUUAUCUUAGUUUUUAUUUUCAGAUUAGGCAAGUUAUCUUAGGCAAGUUAUCUUAGGUUGAUUCUUCUACAAGUUAUCUUAGGUUGAUUCUUCUACAAGUUAUCUGGGAUAUAAAUAUAGGUUGUAAGACUCUUUUGAAGGCAAGCAAUAAGAAGAAUAUUAUCUCCUAUUGCCCGGCUCCCUGAGGAGCCGGAACCCUAGCCGCCAACAGCCCUAGCCGCCGCCCUUCUCCUAGCCGCGACGGCGCCCUGCCGCCAGCGCGCCCGAUCCUCGCCACGUCUCCCUCCAUCCUUCCCUUACCACCUACGCCCUAGACCUGGUAGAGUACUUGAUCCUACCAGGAUCAUUUUCCCAAUAGCACCCAGUUAGAUCUUGUUUGGGGUGACCUCUCCUGACCUCCUCCCAGGUUCCCGGUCUGGAGCGGGAGGGGCGGAAGCUGGCGAGGCCAACCUCCCCUUCAGAGGCAGGUGCUCUCCCUCUCCCCUCUGUGCCCUCUCUCUCUUCCCUGACCCUCUCGAUGGCAAGAGGUUUGGUUUUGGUUUUGCUCCUAGGAGAAGGAGGUUUGAUUUUGGUCCUACUCUACAUUCACUAUUGUUACCUGCACUUUGCCACUCAUGGACACUUUUUGUUUAUUUUUUAUGCAUGUGUGCUGUCGGUGAUAGGAGAGCAAGUCCCUCAAGUUCGUGAGGAAUCCACUCUCAACUUGUUAACACAGGGGUGCUCAACAGGAGAAGCACUCAAUAGGAGAAGCAGGAGCAGCCGAGCGUUCGCCUUCUCUCCCAGUCCCCUACUCACAGAGCUUCUCAUUUUGUUUUUGUAGAUUUGGUUUCUCUAUGUCUACAGGUUGUUUGAUAAAAAUCCAAAAAGGCUGAUAUGAGAUAAUUAAUCUAUGCAAGUCAUGUGAUUUUAUUUUUCUAUAAUUUAGUUCCAGUCAAAGAUAACAAGUUGAGUAGUCCCAUUAAUUUUUCGCAAUUUAGGUAUUGAAGGAGAUCAGAAUGCUUUUAUUUGUAUUUACAUCAUGGGCUUUAUUAUAGAACAACCACAAUGGAGAAAAUUAUCUCAUAUCUUUUGGAUGAUUUGGUUUAAUUGGCUAUUAUACAUGUUCAAGUACAGAAAUGAAUAAUUGCAGCUCCUUCCCGAUUAGGUCGGGUUAAAUGCUUCCCGAAUACAAAUGGUCUCAGGAAAAAGGCAAAUAUGCAAUAAUUUUGUGUUUUUUCAAAGUAAGUAGAGUGGGUUACUACUAAACGAGAGGGCGGGUAGUCAUUUCUUACUUCUGUAAAUAGAAAUCCAAUUGUCUCUUAUUAUGUGUAGGCAUAAAGUUGGAUCUUGGGUGCUUUGCAAGGCCUUUCUAUGUUGUUUUCCUAUUUAUUUUAUUUAUUGUGCUUCCCUUUUUUGGACUACAAUGUACUGGGAGGUGAGGAAAUGAGAUUGAACUACGUGUUUUCUUUUCAGGUAUAUUUGAAGUUAACGAGUUUCCAAUUCCUUGUUGUUGUUAAUGAUAUGAAAGUGCAACCGUGGUUUUUGCUCCCAGCUGAUGCAUACUACUUUGCUUGCAGCUAUCAUCAGCCAUUGUUGAUGGUACUGUCCCUUUUUGAGAACCAAAGAAAUACUGAGUUUUAGCUCAGAUGUAUGUUAGGUGAUGUUUCAUGCCAUUUUUGUUCAUCGGUCUGGCAUGAUUUGGAUUGGAUCACCUGCGGAGGCAGGUUUCAUCACCUCGGACAGAGGGAGUAUAUGAUGUAAUUGACCAUUAUCACUAAGAAGUGCUCCUCGACACAAUGCUCUAUA